UUGUUUGAGUGAAAUUUCGUGAUGGCUACAGUGGUUCGCAGCAUGGCCCUCGGGCAGAAUAUGUACAUACCAAACGGACCGACGUUGGUUCAGCAAACGACACCGGUGAAUCCGUACCGCAAGCGACCGAUCGCUCCAGCUCCACCGGCAAACGCCGGAGUUGGCCAUCAUCAGCCAACCUUGAGCUUGAAAGAUCGUCCCAUGAUCUCUAAGAAAUACUGUACCCUACCGUACUCCGUGACGCCCCAACAGACGGUAUCCAUUCAGCGCCGUAACGCCCGCGAGCGGAACCGUGUCAAGCAGGUCAACAAUGGAUUUGCGAACCUGAGACAGCACAUUCCCAGCCCGGUGGUCACGGCUCUUACCAAUGGUGGUCGUGGACCGCACAAAAAACUCAGCAAAGUGGAUACGCUCAAAGUGGCCGUCAAGUACAUCCGAAGUUUGCAGCGUAUGCUCGACGAAGAUCUGGAAAAUAGCGGUGAAUCUACCAAGUCUACCAUCGAUUUGCAAGCCCUAUCACCCGUUUCGUACUAUGGAUCCAUGUCGGAAUCUUCAACGGCAUCCUCCCCGGCCCCAUCGCAACUGUCCGAGUACUCCAGCUACAGUAGUAGUCAACCGGAAACGUUGACGUCCUUCAAGCGAGAGCCGUUCGAUGUGUACUCGGGCCUCAGUAGCUCGCCGGCUCCGGUACCGACACCGGUGACGGUGAUAACGACGACAACCCUUCCGAGCAUGACCAGCUUCAGUACCGGGACGUACUCACAGCCAAUCCAUCACGUGUACAAGACUCACCCGGUGGACGGGUACCAUCAACCGGCGGAACUCAGUCCGCAGAAUACCGACGAUGAAGAGCUGCUCGAUGCAAUUUCCUGGUGGCAGCAACAGCAGUAGUGGAUGCGAAAAUCUAACUCACCUGGCUAGUACAAGACUGAU